AUGAGAUCUUCAAUUAUAUCAGCUGUUCUCGCCAUCUUGGCAACAAACGUCUCCUGUGCAUUCGGCUGGGGUUACCGUGCCUCUGACCAGAGGCGCUGGGCAGUCCUUCAUCCCGCAUGCGGUGGCCGUCAACAAUCUCCCAUCGCUAUUGCUGCGAGACAAGCUAUUCCGAUCUCAAUUCCUGCAAUGGAACUGAUCGGCUAUCAGAAUCCCCUACCAGGACCUCUCACCACCACUAACAACGGACAUUCAGUGGCGCUGACCAUCCCCAAAUACAGCUCCGAAGAAGAAAAGAAAGGAUUCCGUCUUCCAUACAUCUUCGGUGGUCCCCUGGAUAAUGAGUACGAAAUUGAAGGUCUUCACUUCCAUUGGGGAGACAAGAACAACCGUGGUUCCGAGCACACCCUCAAUGAUAUGCGUCUGCCCCUCGAGAUGCACAUCAUCCACAGAAACAAGAAAUACAGGAACUUGGCUGAAGCUCUCCAGCACCCCGAUGGUCUUUGCGUGCUUGCUUUCUUCUACCAGGUUGUUGAAUUCGACGCCAAGCUCCUUACCCCCAUCGUGAAGAACUUGUCCGCCAUCGAAAACUACAACACCAGCAUGCAGCUCCCCCACACUUUCUCCCUGUCCUCAAUCCUGUCCGGCCUCGACACUGAAAGGUUCUACACCUACAAGGGUUCCCUUACCACUCCCCCUUGCGCCGAAGCCGUCACAUGGGUCGUGUUCUCCGACUACCUCCCAAUCUCUGUGUUCCAGAUGGACAACUUCCGUGGUCUCCUCUCCAACCUGAACCUGCCACUUGUGGACAACUUCAGGCAACUGCAACCACUAUUCGGUCGUCGUAUCUUCGUCCGCAUCACGUCCAAGAACCCCAAAUUCAAGAAGACCAAGCUCCACUACUCCAAAUGGGACUGGGUUGGACACAAGAAGGCCGAAAAUGAUGUCGCCGAAUUCGACGAAUAA